AUGAAUCCUGGAGAUGUUGUCCUUCUUAAGGACGCCUGUGUUAAUCGGAGACAGUGGCCUGUUGGAAGAGUCAUCAAGACUUUCCCAGGUGACGACGGACUUGUGCGGAAGGUCGAGGUCAAAGUCAUCCGAGAGAAUGAAUCUGCUACGUUCAUCAGACCCAUUACGGAGCUUCCACCCGUCCUACACAGUCUGCCAAACUCGGUCUCCAUCAAGGAGAGUGACGUGGGGUCGACAACCACACCUUUAUUGCCAGUGUCACCCCUCAGUAUAAGUGACCCAGAGGGAAACGCCUUCAGUUGUCAGGUCUCCGGAGUUGUCCCUUCAGUCACUGCUUUCACACUCACAUAUGAUGGUUCCGAUUAUAAUUUUUUCAUGACAUCGAACCCUAACUUCGAAUCCGACACAGUGAGUCUCUAUACAGUAACUAUAACAUGUACCGACUCCAACUCAGAGACCGGAACCGGUGACAUCAUCGUCAACAUACUACCCAACACGUCUCCAACUAUUGCUGGUAUGCCAGCCUUUGUGAAUGUACUAGAAGGGGAAACUGUCACAAGACUUGUAUACACCAUCUCUGUUUCCGACGCUGAAUCGAACACAUUCAUAUGUUCCAUUUCUCCAAACACUUUCCCCUUCAACCUAAAAUUAAGUGGUGCAGUUUAUACAGUUCAUCUGAACGAUAAUCCUUCAUUAGACCAGGCAGCAACGCCAUCUUAUAGUAUCACUAUCAUGUGUUCUGACCCAUACGGCCAAUCAAGUGGUGUGUUACAAGUCACCGUCACACCUAAUAACGCCCCGGUGAUAACUGGACUUCCGGCCACAGUCUCUGUUUCCGACAUUGAAACAGCAUCAAGGUCUCUACAGACAGUCACUGUUACAGACUUGGAUGGACAAACCGUUACAUGUAGUGUAACGUCAGUUCCUAACGGUCCAUUUUCCAUGGUCCAGGAUGUAUCCAUUCCAGAAUACAAGGUCUAUUUGGACGCCAAUUCUAACACUGCUAUCGCCGCCGCUGGAGUCACAACCUUCACUGUCACUGUUUCCUGCUCCGACUCAACUGAUACAACAUCCGCAGUUCUUACUGUCGAUGUCACCAGUAACAAUAAUCCUUCCUUGGACAAUUUGCCUGCCUUUGUGAAUCUGGGGGAAAGUGCAGUAGGAUCGACUGCUGUAGCAGACAGUUUGCUAACUUUAACAGUAACAGAACCGGAAGGGGAAACCUACAAUUGUGCCCUUACGCCGGCUGUCACAGGUUUUGCCCUUAUCGAUAAUUCAGGAACCUACAACUUAUACCUAUCCACGAACCCAGGUUUUGAGUAUGAUACAGUACCUCAGUACACAUUGAAUAUUGUAUGUACAGACCAACACGGUAACGCUGCUACCUCCACCAUCACCGUUGAUAUACUGCCCAACACGCCCCCUACCAUUUCCGGUAUGCCAACUUCCGUAACAGUCAAGGAGGGUAUCACUGUUUCCACUCUUGUACACAACAUAUCUGUGACUGAUACAGAUUCAUUCUCGUGCUUUAUCGGAACUACGACACCCGCAUCAGCGCCUUUCAGCAUUCUGCACGGUACUUAUGUGUACGUCGAUGCUGGUGCUGGACUAGACCAGGCUACUACUCCCCAGUAUACGAUCCCAAUCGUCUGUUCAGACAAUUGGGGCUCCUCGACCGGAACACUCACCGUCAAUGUGUCUCCUAAUGGCGACCCGGUGAUCACAGGACUUCCGGUCACGGUGAAUGUCGACGAGACCGAGACUGUCGGGCGGGAUUUGCAUACUUUAGCUGUUACUGACCCUGAAGGGGACCCUAUCACGUGUAGCGUGACGUCAACGCCGACCGGUCCUUUUUCCAUCGUUCAGGAUGUAUCUAUUCCGGAAUACAAAGUCCAUCUGGAUAACGAUGCUAACCUACAGCUGAGCACUGCGGUAGCGACGCAGCACGUGCUAACUAUCACGUGCUCUGAUGAUAAUGGAGGUACCAGUUCAGCAAUUAUGUACGCCGACGUGGCCGGAAAUACAGCUCCAGCAUUCACAGGGUUACCGGACGUUUACUCUGUCUCCGAGAAUCAGGCAGCUGAGAUUGAGAUUUGGGCCCUUUCUGUGACAGACGCAGAGUCAAACGUGUUUAUCUGUAGUAUUUCUGUAGCUCCAGCCAGUUCAGCUUUCGACCUCAGAAAGAAUAGCACCACUGGAGUUUACCAACUCUAUAUCCUGUCCAACCCCGGAUUUAAUCACAACAUAUCACCAUUAUACAAUGUCACAUUCACCUGCGUCGACUCCCCGUCGGGGGCCUCAGGGACAGCUGUCCUUACCGUAGAUGUCAUCGAAAAUCGUCCACCAGAGUUUACCAAUUUACCAGGGGCUGUUUCGCCCGAUCAAGACGCAUUGAACACGGCUAUAUACACCAGUAUUUUCACCGUAACUGCUACUGACGCAGAUCUGGAUCAGGUCUACUUCAGCAUGGAGGCCACCCCGACCACCGAUAGUUUUACUAUCAACAAAGCAACUGGAGUAAUAACAGCAACCAGGAAUCUACAAACAGAGUUAACAAGUGUAUACGUGUUUAAUGUGACCGCUACGGACAACAAACUCUCUACCUCAGCGCUACUCAGCCUCUCUCUCACUAACCUCAACACAGAGCCAACCAUUACCAACCUCGCUCUCAAUUCUGUCACUUCCGUUUCAUUUUCGGAAACUACCGCCUCUCGCACUGUAUUAUAUACCCUGAAUGUAAAUGACCCGGACAGCGGACAGACUCAAUAUGUGACAUUUGACACCACACCUGCUACCGAUGCUGCCUUGUUUAACUUGACAAAUAACGUGCUGUCGCUAGCGCAUCGCAAAAGUUUUAAUUAUGAAGGCCAGGUCACAUACACGCUUGACUUCUAUGUUACGGACGGUAUACACACAACAGGUCCGUACCACCUACAGAUUAUAGUACUAGAGAAGGGGGAGAAAUGCAACUUCGACAAGACACUUUAUGAAUACUCCGUUGACGAAGGAGGGAUUGGAUAUCCGUCCAUUAAUCUUGGAUUCUCCAUAACUGAUCCGGAUAAUCCAGAUUCCCAUAUGUAUACAAUUAUAAGCGGAACAGACUCGCAUCUAUUUGCCAUUGAUCAGAAUAGCGGCAUCCUCACAUUUGCCGUGGAUUAUGAUUUCGACAGCGGCAACCACCCACAGAACGCGACGAUUGUCAUCCAAUGUACAGACACAUACUCUCUGACCGGGACGGCAACCGUGUCAAUAUUCAUCAGAGACAUCAACGACAACAUACCUGACUUCAACGCAGGAGGUUAUGUAGUGGAAGCGAAUCAACUCCAUAGCCCUGGGAACAUUAUCUGGACCAUGAACGCCAGCGACCGGGACUCGGGAAACAAUGCUGAAAUAGAAUAUACUGGAACUUCUUCUACCGGCGAGCCGUAUUACAAACUCGCCAAAAAUGGCCAGAUCAUAUUACUUACAGAUCUGACCUUCGAAUACGGUACAACACAUCGGUUUUAUGUGACAGCUGUGGACCAUGGAAUUCCGCCACUGACCGGAACUACGUAUGUUGAUAUUGUAUAUAGGUAUCGGACCACUACCACGCCCACCACGACCACUACCACACUGGCUCCGACGGACUUUUGGACAGUGGAAAACAUCGCACUUAUAGCGUCUCUGGUGGCUCUAGCGCUGUUGGGACUCAUGUUAUUGCUGUGUUUGUUGCUCAGAAACGCAGGUUGUUGCUCUGGAUUGAAAUGUCCAACAGACUGCAGCAAGAUGUGUAAAUGCCCGAAAAGAACACCUAAUCGUGUUAUCGUGACGCCGAAGAAUCCGAAAGCUACAGAAUGGAAACUUUGGGAUAACAAUGAACUGAACAUACAACGAAAGCCAUUCGUUACCAACGUAACCGAGACGGCCAUACCACAGACCAUGAAAAUGUAAAUCAAAUGUCAGCAGCCUGUGACUCAUACUGGAAUGUCCAUUCAACAGAUUAGGAGAAAUUGAAUGGAGAAAGCACGUUUCGUAUCACAAGCAACGAAGAUGUAAAAUGGACAAAGGAGAUGGAUAUCUCCUUUUAAUAUUGAAUGGUCAUGCUAUGCCCAAACUUUGACAACAAAAACGUCGUUUCAAGUCAAUUGACACCGUGUCAUCCAUGUUAAAGACAUGCCGAUUAGACAUUCUGAUAUUAUCUUUAACUCUACAAUGCAAUCCUUUUGUCACAUUUCACCACAUCAUGAACAGAAACGCGUGACAUCUUUCCAAUUGGAAUCUGGUCUACGGCUUGCCUCUUUCGGAUUGAAAAAUGUUUAACGCGGGACCUUUUUCCAAUUGUAAAUUAUUCUGUGUUUCCGUCAUAGCAAGAGGACGGACCAACAAUGACUCGACGACUGUGGUUCAAUUAAAAUGUCUGGGAAUUCCGAAUGGUUUCGUACGUCAGCCUUUUUCAUCUGGUAACCUACGCAAACCAAUACCACAAACUGUUAUAAUAUUGAUAUAUGUUUUAUAUAUAGUUUGUGUAGCACUGGAAUUUGAGAAUAUGAAUAUUCAUCUAUUUGAUUGAUAUGUAACAAAAUAAUCUGACUCAAGAUAAUUUAAUCGUGUUUUAAUGAUCGUAACUUCACCGGUUAUAUGCAUUUAAACGUAUUUAUUUUUUUAAUGUAUCGAUUUACUGAUAUAUAUAUAUAUAUAUUAAUUCACCUUGUGGUUUAAACGGAAGCGCACUUAUGGUCUGAAUGAUGAAAGAGAUACCAGGUUGCCUGUGGACGGCCAAGUUGCGUCAUAACUUUUUACGCGAGUCCGAGGAGUUGAGACCAAGAGAGUUAUUGGAAGCGUGUUCUCCUUGCGCGACACGGCGACUUUAUUUAAUUUCAUCAAAAGGCUUCAUUAUGCAUAUUCAAGUAUGUGUAAAAUACAUGUACUAAGUUGUGUAUGUUUAUGUCUCAUGUGCCAAAUUUAAUUUAUUGAUCACAUACUUUAAAAAGAACUUGUUAGGAUAAAAUGUCAAUCUAGAAUUAUUAACAAUUCAGUCAUAGACUUCUUCCUGUAGAAAUGUGUCGGUAGGUUAGUAUAGCUAUUUCGUUAAUGCUACACUAUUUAAAGUAUAUUUUAUGCCGUGUGUUUAUACAAUGUAUUUAUAGCAGUUAUUAG